UUACGGUAAUCUACGGAAGCCCGGACGGGAGCGCGAAGCUGGGGAAGACUCGCACGUAAUGGCGGCGGGGCCCGGGGUGGCGAUGCAGCGCAGUCCUGCAACUGAACUUUCUCUCUCGGUUCCGCCGGCGGGGGGCCAGCCUCACGGGGAGCGGGUGAAAACCGAAGAGGUGACCGAAUCCGAAAAGCAGAGUCGCAUGGCCGCCUUGCUGGAGAGGCUUCACGGCAAGCACAAUGCGUCGCGCCCGUGGCAGGAGACCAGCAAGGUUGUGCGUCAGGCCAUGGAGAAACGCGGGCUGAUGAACGCCGCCGGUCACCAGUUGCUGCUCACCUGUUUGGAGACCCUGCAGAGGGCGCUCAAAGUUUCAUCUUUGCCCUCCAUGACAGAUCGUCUCGAGUCCAUAGCGAGACAAAACAUGCUGGGCUCCCACCUGAGCCCCUCUGGAACCGAGUGCUACAUCACUUCCGAUAUGUUUUACGUGGAGGUGCAACUGGACGGCGCUGGUCAGCUCGUGGACGUCAAAGUGGCUCAUCAGGGUGAAAACCCCACGAGCUGUCCAGAGUUGAUUCAACAUCUAAGGGAGAAGAACUUUGAGGAGUUUUCCAAACAUCUUAAGGGACUGGUCGACUUGUACAAGCUCCCUGGAGACAAUAAACUGAAAACAAAGAUGUAUAUUGCCUUGCAGUCUCUGGAGCUGGAUCUCACCAAGAUGAUGCACAUGUUCCGGUUAGCGACCAACGCGAACGCCGUCGAGACGAUCCUCCACGGCAACGUGGGCCUGCUGACAGCCAGGAGCGGCGGCCAUCUUGUCACUCUCCAGUGCUACGUGUCACCGUAUGACAUAUUCGAGAAGGGAAUGGGCAUGCACAACCUGACAGACGCCAACGUGCCACGCUCGCUGGGCGUUAGUGUUUCCGUCACCAUUGAGGGAACGGCCAACACACACAAGCUCCCCAUUGCGCCGCUCAUCACUGGAUCUCACCCGGUGGACAACAAGGGAACACCUUCCUUUUCUACGGUGACCAACUCCAACUGCGUGGACCUGCCGGCUUGUUUUUUCCUCAAGAUGAAUCGGCCCAUGCCGUUCUCCCUGUCCUUUAUUCACAGACUGGGCAACGCUACAGCUGUCCCCGUGUUUGAAAGCACCCCCAGCCUGUCUGCUCUCUACCAGCUGAUUGUCCAGAGCCAACUUCAGCCCCUGGAGGAGGGGGGCGCCGCACUGCCGCCCUCGCACAACAUGCACUUCUAUUCGGUGCUGCCAGACCAGCAGCACUGCUACUUCCUGAACGGCGACGCCCCGGUGCAGGACGGUGAUUCUCUCCAAGGCGCCCUGGUGAGCAAGAUCCCCUUUCGCCACCCAGCUCAGGUGCCCCUCCUGCUGGACAUCAUUCGGCAUCAGGCGACCUACAACACCUUGAUUGGCAGCUGUGUGAAGCGGACGUCCAUCAAAGAAGACAGCGUAAGCCUGUUGCAGUUUGAGGUUUGCCCCCUGACCGACUCGAGCUUCAGCGUCUCCUUCCAGCAUCCCGUCAAUGAAUCGUUAGUCUGCGUUGUAAUGGACGUGAUAGACUCCAGACAGGUGUCCUGCAAACUAUAUAAAGGACUGUCUGACGCGUUGAUCUGCACCGAUGACUUCAUUACCAAAGUGGUCCAGAGGUGUAUGUCCAUCCCUGUAACAAUGCGGGCCAUCCGGAGGAAAGCGGAGACCAUCCAGGCAGACACUCCGGCCCUGUCUUUGAUUGCGCAGACGGUAGAGACCAUGGUGAAAAAUAACCCGCCGCCAUCCGGCAGUCCCGCCUACAACAUGGCAGGCGGAGAUAUGGCGAACCCUAUGGGGCUCAUGGGACUCACCGGCGGCAACACGCCCACUGGAGGAGGACCCCCCGGCGGGCCGAAUUUUUCCGGGCCGAUCACAUCGCUGUUCGGGAUGUCUCGCAAUGAAAGACAAGGCGCCGAGUGCCAAGCUCAAGACGGACAACAGCAGGUGCAGCAACAACAACAACAACAGCAGCAGCAGCAGCAGGGUCAAGGCCAUACCGAUGACUACACCAAAGUGACGCAGAAUCCAAUCCUGACGAGUCUUCUCCAGAUAACAGGAAGCGUCGGUUCCAGUCCUAGCGCUCAGAACGCCCCGCCGCCUCACCAGACUCCGCCGCCCACAUCGUCGCCUGCGAGCAACACUAAGAAUCAUCCCAUGCUGAUGAACUUGUUGAAAGACAACCCCUCGCAAGACUUUGCGGCCCUGUAUGGUUCCAGUCCGCUUGAGAGGCAGAAUUCAUCAUCCGGGUCACCUCGUACAGACAGCAUGGGGGUUGCUUGCCCUGGAGCGCAAGGUGCAAAAGGCAAGAAGAAGCGCCCACGAGUGCCAGAAAAGGGGGGCGCGUUGCCCGGGACUCCUGGUGCAGGGGGACCGUCGGGAGGUAUGAAAUCUCAACAGUCGUCUUCCAUGUGUCACCAUCAGCACCACGCGGUCACGCAUGAGGACGAUUUCCAUCGCGAGCUUCUCUCGAUGGAUGUCGAUGCAUCUCAGAACUCUAUCUUUGAUGUCAACCUGGCGGGCGACGGCUUGGACACGCCCCACAGCAUCACCCCGGCCCCGAGCCAAUGCGGAACCCCGCCUUCUGGCCCCAGCAUGCCUUAUCCGCCGUCUCACAUCCAGGCUCAGCCGCCGCCGGGCGUUGCACCGCCCCGCAUGGUGCGCCUCUCCAGCUCCGACAGCAUCGGACCGGAUAUCACGGAAAUUCUGUCAGAUUUGCCCGAGCAAACCGGUAAAGCCAACAGCGGAGGCCAGCAUCCCAUGGCUGGGGGUGGGGAAGACGCGGGCCCGCUGGGGACCCCCAUUCGUGACUCCUCCAGUUCAGGACAGGGCAGCGCGGUGUUUGACUCGGCAGACAUUUUCAACACCAACAGCAACGAGAACCCUUUCACGGACGCUGCCGACUUGAUCGCCGAGGCCGCGGCCACGCCCACCAGCGAUUCGUCCUCCACUAACUUCUUCCCCGACGCUGCUGACUUCAACCCCGACCUUCUGAACUCGGGUCACGGCCUCUCCCAGAACUGCUUUGAAGACAGUUCACCGAGCGCUGACGGAGACAUGGAACUGGUCAAGGGCUUUGGCAGCAGCAGUCAGCAGAAUACGCCGUCAGGUACGCCUCAGAAUCCCACAUCGCACGGGCAGAACACCCCAGAGCCCUCGCUUAAAGACCCCUUCGAUAUGGGAAUGUUUUUCGGAGGCAACAGCGGCACUGGCAAACCGCUUCUCGGGCAAGCUCCUGAUUUGGGAGACACUCAUUUCGGAGGCUCCCAGAGCCCCCUCAUGAUGGGCUUGGGGCAAGCAUGCGUUGAUUUCAAAAGCGCAGAGUCCAAAGUAAAACAACAGAGUCUCAUGCGCCAAAAGGAUGAGAAUGGCGGCAGUGGAAGUAGCGGCUCUGUACUGGGAAGUAAUUCCACUGAGGGCAAGCAGGUGAAACGUAGCAGGACUCCAUCCAGUGAGGGGAAGUCCAAAGAGAAGCAACCCAAACGUAAGAAACUGGACCCAGACGGUAAGUCGCCCUCUCACAGCUCAGGCGGACGACCGUACACUCCUCCCAGUGGCGGCUCUGGCUCCGGGGGGAGCUUGAGCGGAGGAGGCUCCAAGUCUCCGGGAAGUUCAGGAUGCUCCCAGACUCCACCCGGCGGCGCCACACCACCCAUUCCCAAGAUUACAAUUCAGAUCCCCAAAGGGACGAUAACCGGUGGGAAAACCUCCUCCCAUAGCGGCUACACGUCCAGCAGCUCGGCCUCGAGCGGCACGGGAGGAGUUGGGGGGCCGAGCGGCAGCAAAAGCCACCAUUCCCAUUCUUCUUCUGGGAAGAUCAAGUCCAAGGAAGGCUCCAUGGCGCAAGGCAACAGCUCCAAGUCAGCGAGCGGUGCGGGGAUCAGUGGCGGCCCAUCCCAGUCUAAGGGAUCUUCUCAGGGAAUGGGUGUUGGCAAACCGGGCUCAUCCCCGAUCACUAAACACGGACUCUCUGGUACGGGAAGCGGUGGAGGUGGGCUCGGGACUGGUAACAAGAUAAAAAGUCAGGGUGGUAAGCCUCCCGGGUCUCUGAUGAAUCCAAGCAUCAAGCCCAACAUCUCCCCCUCUCACUCUCGCUCCAGCAGCUCUGGUGAAAAGCUGUCUUCUCCCUUGAAAAUCCAGCAGUCCCAGGUGCCGGGAACACCGCCUUCCUCUAAGGCCAAAUCCCCAAUGGGCUCGGGAGGUGGCAGCUCCGGAGGGUCCAAGACUUCUUCCGGGGGCGGGAUGAACUCCCAGAAGCCAAUGGGCGGGACCUCCUCGACGUCCACGUCCUCAUCCUCCAACUCCUCUUCUUCAUCCGCUUCCAUGGGUUUCUCUGGAGGUUCCCAGUCUCAGUAUAGUGGAGGGGGCGGCGGAGGUGGGGGGAGCGGAAGUGGCGGCAGUGGAGGUGGAGGCGGGGGCUGUGGGGGGGCAGGCCAGAACAAUGCCAAUAACCCAAACGCCAAAGGAAAGUCUCCCAGCCGAAACAAGAAACCGUCCCUCACGGCGGUGAUUGACAAACUGAAGAGUGUGGGGGGCGUGGGUGAGGACGGGUGUGAAGUGGGGCCGCCCGGGUGCCCACCUGGCUCCGGGGCACCGGCCGGCGGCGUGCCUGGAAACGUCCCGCCUUCAAACAUGGGUCCCACCAAACACUCGGCAUCAUCCCAAAGCGGCGACUAUAAGCGGGAGAGGUCCGAUAAAGAAGGGAAGGCAAAAGUGUCCGUUUCGGGGGUGAACAGCGGAGAUAAAAAGCUGAUGGACCCCAAAACAGCAGGGGUGAGCGGGACCGGCUUGGCCAAGAUCAUCAUCAGCAAACCCGACGGAGGCUCGCCCAGCAUCAAGGCCAAAGUCACCCUGCAGAAAGCCGGCGAGGGCCCCGGCGAGUCCAUGCGGCCGCAGAUCAGCGGCCUGAAAGCCUCGCCCCUGUUCAGCGGCUCCACGCCCAAACACGACCGCUCGUCCCCGAGCCACAGCCGCUCGCCGGGCCACACGCCGCUCAACCACGACAGCGAGAGCGAGUCGGGCAGCAGCUCGGUGGCCGAGAAGUCCCACCAGAAUAGCCCCAGCUCCGAUGACGACCGGACGCCUCGACCUCUCCCCGCCCAGCAGGACUAUUUGAGCGCCGUCCCGCUGGGCUCCGUCGAGAAGCACAAGAAGCACAAAAAGGAGAAGAAGAAGAGGGAGCGCGAGAGGGAACGCGACAAAGAGAAGAAGAAGUCGUCCAUGUCCGCCGGACCGUCGUCGCACCCCAUCAAGGCGGACGGCUGGUCCCGGUCGCCCAUCUCGGCCUCGGAGUCUUCUCUGUCCAUGCUCGCCUCUGAGCGGCCCUCGCGGUCCAGUCCCAUGUACAUGAGGAACGAAGACGACGACCUCAUGGACUCCGCGCUCACCGGCAACCUUUAAUAUCACUAUUUGUGGACGAACUCAAUGUAUUUUUUUUUUAAUUAAGAAAGAUAAUCGCACCCGGGUCACUAUUUGCGGAUAUAUGCUUUGUAUUAUUAAUUUUAGAAGGUUUUCCCCCAAUACAGACAAUUCAAAAUGAUGACGUUCUUCAGUGUCGGUAAAGAUAUGCAAAGUAAUUAUAUAUUUUUUUCUGUUUGGACUUGAUGCAGUCGCUAGCAAGCAAUCGCGAUUACGGGGUUACCGCAAAAAUAGUGAAAUGGAAAAUGAGAACGAAUAUCCUUCCUUCCCACAAAAUGUAGAAAGUAAGUAUAAUGCAGGCGAUCGACAAGGUUCGUAGCAAUUGUUAAUUUUAGUUUAUGCCACGGGCCGCUAAGAACAAAUGGUAGGCCACAAAUCGCCCCCUGACCGUACUUUGGGCUGUGUUGUGCUAGGUAUUAUUAUUUUAGGAGUUAAAUAAACACAACCAGGUCACUGUUUUUGGAAAUUCACGAUGUACUUUUUCUUUUUUUAAAUAAAUGCUCCCAGCCCAGUCGCUAGCUAUGGAAUUGCGCUCUUUUCUUUUUCUUUUUUAUUUCUGCAAACUAUGAUGAUUAAAACAAAUGCACUCCAGUCACUAUUUGCGGGAAUCUGCACAUAUUUCCGUUAAUAGUGACUGCAGUGUGUUUUUUUUUUGGGGGGGGGGGGGUUCCCCCCUAGAGUACAUCGCAUUUAUAUUUCCGCAAAUAGUGACUGGGAUGCAUUUGCUUUACAGAAAAAUCUAACAUUUCCACAAAUAGUGUCUGAGAAAUCCCACCGAAACAGCCCCAGCUCAUGAACUCACUGGCAUCUUGUACGUGAUUUGUAGUAUCUUUUUUUCUCUCCCCUCUUUUAACCUCUUAACCUCCUAGAAUUCUUAUUUAUUUACUUCCGAACAUGACGACCGGUUGUAAGGAGAGUGCAACUCUUGUUUGGGAUUGGGACGGCAGACUGUAAGUAUUCACUGCACUGUCAUACAAAUCCCUUCAAGUUUUCGUAAGAAGUUGAGUAAAAUCUUCACUAUUCUGGGAAAUGUGUCCAUAUUUCCAGUGACAGUGACCAGGAUGCGUUUAUUUGAAUUGGGAAAAAAAGUAUGUAGCGCAUUUCUGCAGAUAGUGAUCGGGGGUGCGCUUACGCUAUGUAUUAUUUUUUUUUUUUUUAAGCAUAUUGUAUUUUCACAAGUUGUCACCUGGGUGCGUUUAUUAUACUCAACAGCAACAAAAAAGGGGUUGUGUGCCUAAAUGGCUGCUGCUGUUUUGGUUAGCAAUCCAGUUCAAAACGGGCUCUGCGGUGAACUCUUUAUUGUCCUCGGGUUGCUGUUUUGAGGACAUUAUUCUUACUUGCGUGAUAAAGCUGACUGUAGAUUUUAAAAAGAGCGGAUGAGAAUACAGACAGUCCAUUUUUUGUAUGUGUUCAAUAAACAUUUUAAUUUGUGAGAA